UUCUAAUAUGUUCAACACUGAAGUUCACUCUUUGUAGGUCUAACCAUCCCCAUGCUUCAGCAGGAACCUGGUUAGUUAUUGCUACCAAUUCCCCUAUGUCCACUGAAAUAUUAUAGUACGUGUUACACAGCUGAUAUGUUACAUCACCGGCCCCCAACACUACUGUGGUGUCCACACAUAGGUCAGUCUUGCAGUGGGAGCUGCUGCUGAAUACUUGUUCAGUCUGGAAGUUGCCUUUACGAAUUUUAUGAUCUGGACCGUUGUAAGCGACGGUAGCAGGGAUGUAGAUGAAGUGACAGGUUUAAGUUCAGACUCAAGCUCCUGCUGAGGUACAAUGUGACCAGCCCUCCUUCCUCUUUUGCCAUUAAUCUACCCCUUUGUGUAAUCCUUCCAAGCCCUCUUCCUUUGAGUAUGACCUUUUUGCCAAUGUCUGGGCUGAUGAAGCACAAGAAAGAAUCCAGUCAACCAUACAGAUCUUGCCUCAAUGGUAGCAACAUUAUUGUGAGCAGUUUUGGGCCCCAUGUCGGAGGAGGGAUGGGCUGGUGUUGGAGGGGGGUCAAAAGUAGGUUUAUGACAAUGAUCCCAGGGAUCAUUGUGUUUAUGUAUGACGAGCUCUUGGCCUGUACUCGCUGGAGUUUAGAGGGAUGAGGGGGAACCUCUGAAACUUUCCAAAUAGUGAAAGGCCUGGAUAGAGUGAAUGUGGAGAGGAUGUUUCCACCAGUGGGAGAAUCUAGAACCAGAGGGCACAGCCUCGGAAUAAAAAGAUGUACCUUUAGAAAGGAGAUUUGGAGGAAUUUAUUUUCAGAGGAUGAUGAAUCUGUGGAAUUCAAUGCCACAGAUGGCUGUGGAGGCCAAGUCAUGAUGUACUUUUAAAGUGGAGAUUGACUGAUAUUUGAUUAGUAAGGGUGUCAAAGGUCAUGGGAAGAAGGCAGGAGAAUGGGGCUGAGGGGGAAAGAUAGAUCAGCGAUGAUUGAAUGGUGGAGUAGACUUGAUGGGCUGAAUGUCCAAUUACUGCUCCUAUGACUUAUGAACAUGAACUUUCCUUGUCUCCAAAUCUAUUACCAAUACAAUAGCUGAAUAGUGGUUCCUACUGUAGGUCCCAAAUCCAGGGCCUCCUGAUGAGAUGAAUUCAAGGCUUAUCUAACCAGUUUUUAAAAAGUGGUGUAAUCAUGUCCCAGAUUGUUUUCUGCUUAAUACUCCUCGUGCUUUCAAUCUUUGCACUUUUCUUAGUCCACGGCAGACACGUUUGCCAGUGGAACCACCACAUUGAAUCUUCCUAAUUAUUUAUCCCCCUCCCAUUUGAUUCCUCAGUUUCCUUCUGAAAUUCUCAUUCCUCUCUUCAUUAGCGGCCUUCUCAACCAUGGUCCAGGCAUCACCCCAGAAUGCAGGGAGGAGAACAUCCCAGUUAUUCCAUGGCCAGUUAGCUUCUGCCAGGACAUGAAGCCCCUGGGAUGCAACUGGUGGAUCUCCAUCAUCCCCCACAGUUUACACUCCGUGUUCUUAUUCAGACAUUGGUUGCCUGCCAACCCCCAUCAAAGCAAUCCUACAAGUGGCAUUCCUUUUCUUGUUUUCCUUGCAGCUCUGUUGAUCCAAAGACAUGCAGCUUUAUAGGUAAAGAUAGACACAAGUGCUGGAGUAACUCAGCGGGUCAGGCAGCAUCUCUGAAGAAAAAGGAUGGGUAGUGUUUCAGGUCAGGACCCUUCUUCAGUGCUUAAUUGGUUUCUGUAAAUUGUCCCUAGUUUAUAGGAUAGAACUAGUGUAUGGGGAUCACUGCUCGGCAUGGACUUUUGGCACAGUAUCUCUAAACAACCAGUAAACUGUGAGGCCCAGUGCAAAUUGGAGGAACAGUAGCUCAUAUUUCACUUGGGUAGCUUGCACCCCAGCGGUAUGAAUAUUGAUUUCUCUAACUUCAAGUAGCCCUUGUUUCCCUUUCUCUCCAUCCCCUCCCCUUUCCUAGUUUGCCUACCAGUCUUACUGUCUCCGACUACAGAUUAUCUCUGUACCGCCCACUCCCCUGACAUCAGUCUGAAGAAGGGUCUCGACCCAAAACGUUACCCAUUCCUUCUCUCCAGAGAUGCUACCUGUCCUGCUGAGUUAUAACCAUAUAACAAUAUAACCAUAUAAUCAUAUAACAAUUACAGCACGGAAACAGGCAAACUAGGUCCUUCUAGUCCGUGCCGGACACUUAUUCUCCCCUAGUCCCAUCUACCUGCACUCAGACCAUAACCCUCCAUUCCUUUCCCGUCCAUAUACCUAUCCAAUUUAUUUUUAAAUGAUAAAAUCGAACCUGCCUCCACCACUUCCACUGGAAGCUCAUUCCACACAGCUACCACUCUCUGAGUAAAGAAGUUCCCCCUCAUGUUACCCCUAAACUUCUGUCCCGUAAUUCUCAAGUCAUGUCCUCGUGUUUGAAUCUUCCCUAUUCUCAAUGGGAAAAGCUUGUCCACAUCAACUCUGUCUAUCCCUCUCAUCAUUUUAAAGACCUCUAUCAAGUCCCCCCUUAACCUUCUGCACUCCAAAGAAUAAAGAUCUAACUUGUUCAACCUUUCUCUGUAACUUAGUUGCUGAAACCCUGGCAACAUUCUAGUAAAUGUCUUCUGAACUCUCUGUAUUUUACUCCAGCAUUUUGUGUCUACUUUCUAUUUAAACCAGCAUCUGCAGUUCUUUGCAACCCACUAAACUACUGUUGUGUGUGUGUGCAGCCUUCAGACUUACUUGUUGUACAGUACAGCCUUGAACCCAAAUCUGGAAGCUGCCUUAAUCAGAAAAAAUCAUCAAUGGAUUCAGAGCUGCCACAGCCCUUAUGGGUUUAUGCCAACCCAUAACUAACCAACUAUGGUUGAAUACUUUACCCCGAUUUUUUUCAAAUGUUGGCGUAAGCCUACUCAAAAGGGAAAAAUAAACUGGCAAAGCCUUAAAACUAUUGGUCCCGGAACUGAAACUUUUGUUACCAGUGAAUGGAACGAUGUCAGUAAAUGUUCAAGGAAAAACUCAGUUUGAGUAACAAGUGGUGAAAUAUGCAAAAGGUCUGUGCAAUGAUUGGCUGUGAUUGAAGAGAAAUGAUUACAUGCUGGCAGUGAGGAGUACAAAACCACCACUCCAUUCAAGGCUUGCGUUUCUGCUGCUGUGGCGUUUGAGUUGAGGGGAAGAUGGCUCUAUCGUUUGAAGUUCUCUUGCUGCCUCUUUUUGUGUUCCACCAACUAAGCAGUUCAGAUGGCCUUUCCUGGAGAAACUGUAGGGGAGGUGAGGAGCCUGUCACACUGAAAAACAUGACAGUACAACCGGAUCCUAUUAAAAUACCAGGACAAAUCUUGCUUGAAGGGACUGCCUAUGUGGCUGAGUCGCUGACAUUACUUAAGGCUGAAGUGACUAUACACAAGAAACUUCUCUUUUGGUGGAAACUUCCCUGUGGUGAUUCCGAAUGCACUUUUGAUCUCUGCAAGCCGCUUCAUCUGGGACCAAGUUGCGCAGUUAGCAGUGGAUUCUUGUACUUUCCACCAACAAAAUUCAAUAUUCCAAAACAACUCAUCUCUACCUAUUGGGCCAGUGGUCAAUACAAAGCCACAAUUGACCUGAAGAGUCCCAAAGCAAAUGUUGGCUGCAUUGAACUGUAUUUCAGCAUUGAGCAAGAUGAGCAAUAGUUAUCAGUAAUUGGGCAUAACAUUCAACAGUCCUUGGCUGAAUGUGUUAUUCCCUCCCCAAACUAUCCUGCCCUUCUACUCCCCCACCCCCUCCCACAACUCUGUUCGAUGUUUAUACUAAUUUUGUCAGAUUUUUCUUCUCAAAAAUCCCUGCACUUUAAAACAAAUAACAUUUUUGGGCUGACUAGAGUCCUCUCAGACUCUGUUAAAUGCCAGUUUCAUUUUCUUCUUGAUUGUCUCCUGAAGUCAACGUUGACUUGCUUCUACUUCAGUUUUGUGGGUUCUGGGAUUGCUGAACAGUCCUAUGUUGGAUAUGUCUUAUGUCCCAUGUUAAACAGAUGGGUGAGCAGUUCGGGAGCAGCUGGCUUUCUUCCACUGUCUUCCACUGCCUCCCGUGGGCUCCCAAAGAGAUGUCAAGGUAUCAGUUCCAUCCCAAAUGCUGCGUCUCCAUUUGAGGAAGUCAUGGAAUCUAUCAAUAAGGAUGUCACCUUUAUGUAAGAAUUUCCUGACCUGCUUCAAGUAUCCCCCUGGUAAUUUCCUGAGAUGACAGAGUUUGAAGUAGAGUGUCUGUUUCAGAACUCUGGUGUUGGGCACACAAAAGAUACUAUCUUCUCAUUGGAAAUUGCACGUUCUGUCCUGAAUGCCAGAAUGUUUGUCCUGGAUGCAAAUGUUGACAUUGGACUUUACUGAGGUAGCAUUUAUGGGAUGACCCCACUUGUUGAGGUGCCUGAAAAAGUGAAGCCUUUCCUCUGAAAGGUACAAGAGGGUGUGGGUGCUACUAAUUAGUAGACUGUCAUGUUUGAGGUCUUUAUCUUCCAAUACAUUGUUCCUCUGAUAAAUAAAGGCUGUUCCCGGGGGAUUGGGGAAUGGGAAGAUUAUCCAUUGAUGUUUGCUUUCACUGAGAGAUACUUCACAUGAUUAGAAAAUGACUCAUGCUGUAUGUAAUCUUGUCACAGAUCUUAAUUUGCAGAACAUGGGCUUGUACAUAGGCCUAGGUUGAUAGAAGACCUAUAUUUUGCAGAUGUUUAGUAUAAGGUUCAUUCUCUUAUCUGCUUUGGUGAAUGAGUCCGUGAUGAUUUGGAGGCUGGCUUCUGAAUGUGCACAUUUGCAGUCAUUGUCUCUACACUGUGUGUGAUGGAUAAGAUUGGACUGAUGAUGCAGAAACAGAUGAAGCUGAACCAUUUCCUUUCUUGUUGUAAAUCAGCUGCAGGCCAGUGGGAUGUUUGUUGGAAGCGAGUCAUAGGAUCAUAGAGUCAUACUGUGUGGAAACAGGGCCUUUGGCCUAACUUAGUUGCCCUCAUCGACCAACGUGCCCCAACUGUACUACUUCCCACCUACCUGUGUUUGGCCCAUAUCCCUCUAAACCUGUCCUACCCAUGUACUUGUUCAAAUGUCUUUUAAACAUUUUCAACUAUCUCCUCCGGCAGCUCAUUCCAUAUAUCUACCACCAUUUGUGUAAAAAAGUUGUCCCUCAGGUUCUUGUUAAAUUUUUCCCUCCCCCACCCCCCGAUCCUUAAACCUAUGACCUGGUUUUUGAUUCCCAUAUUCUGGGUAAAAGAUUUUGUGCAUUUAACCGAUCUAUUCCUCUCAUGAUCUAAUUCACCUAUAUAAGAUCGCCCAUCAUCCUCCUGCAUUCCAUGGAAUAAGUCCUAGCCUGUUCAACCUUUCUCUAUAACCUCCUUUCUCUAUAACCAGGCCCUCAAAUCCUGGUAAACCUUCUGAGCUGAAAUAUUGCAGCAAGAAAGAUUGUCGUGAGAGUUGAUAACGUGAUCCUCCUUUGCUUUUCUAGUCUGCACAGUCGUUGACCUGUGAUGGACUUAUCGUUCAGAAUCAUUCUUUGCUUAGGGCAGAAAGAGACUGUUGGCCAAAUUUGGGAAUAAUUCCACUCAAUUCCCUUCACCUAAUAGAGUCAAAAGGCAUUGUUUGUUCUAAAGGCCUUGUCAGUGUUUGCCAAUCUUAGCAAUAUUCCCAGUGUGCAGUGAAAAUCAUGUUUAUUGCACCUUCACACUGCAGCUUGAGUGCAGCUAUUGGGUGGAGGGCCACCGAGGAGGAUAGAUUUUUAUGAAUUCAUUUCUUGUGGAAACCACAGGGAAAACCGCUGUAAUUGCAGCAUUGAGAUCCAUCUCUAUUAUUGGUAUUAGCCAUCUUACAACAUCUCCAAUCCCACUGCCAAGUACUUUCCCCACCCUACCCCUCCUUCGCAUUUCUCCCCCUUGUGGCUAAACAGUGCUAUUGUUUCAGUGUAAACCUCCGAUGAUGCCUCACAGGAGCAUUGAUUGAUUGACCAGUCGAUUGAUUGAUUGAUUGAUUGAUUGAUUGAUUGAUUGAUUGAUUGAUUGAUUGAUUGAUUGAUUGAUUGAUUGAUUGAUUGAUUGAUUGAUUGACAGGGUUAUUGAUUGAUUGACAUGGUGAUUGAUUGACCAAUUGGCCGGUUGAUUGAUUGGUCAUUCUUGAGAAAAUGUAGAGACCAAUUGAUCUACAAGCCUGCAUGUCUUUGGGAUGUGGGAGGAAACCGGAGAAUGCGAUGGAAACCCACGUGGUCACCCAUGUGGCAAACGUGCAAACUCUACCUAGACAGCACCGAGGUCCAGAUGGUAGCAGCUCUACUACCAUCUGUGCCAUUGUGCCACCCCAAUUAUCAGAUACAUUUUUUCACCAAGCCAGCUGUCACUGGAGAUAUGAAGGACGCACAAGAGACCAGAACUGAAGGAACACAGAGGGCUUACUAACACCAUCCACUCAUUGAGAGACAAUGUCUGGAGCUGUUGGUUCCCACUCACUGAAAUUUCCUGCCCAAUUGUUCACCAAUUGAUCAUCUUCUGAAGAUCCUCUCCAUGCUUUACCUCACCUAAUCUCUGCCCAUCCUGCUAAUGAUGCGUUCAAUAACUCUGAGCCCAAUUUUGAGAAGGCUACUUUAAAGAUGUUAGUGCCUUCCUGUACAUUAAAGUGUGCAACAAUGCCAUCUUCAGCCUUCCACAACACCCAAACAUUCUUGGAAAUGUAAAAAAUCAUUAAAAUUUGCUUUCAACAUAGUUUUACUGCCAAGUUGCUUUCUCUUCUGGUUUGAUUCGUUGGUUAUUACUGACUGCAAUAACCACAGCAGGGAUAAGGGUAUUACAUUGGUAAUGUUUUCAACACUGUUUAGUUUAGUUUACAGGUACAGCAUGGAAACAGGCCAUUUUGCCCAAUGAGUCCAUCACACUAGAUGGACACAAAGUGCUGGAGUAACUGGAGCAGGACAAACAGCUUCUCUGGAGAGUAGGAAUGGGUGACGUUUCGGGUCGAGACCCU